AAUACUCCUAUUCACCUGAUAUUUAUUUGUUUAUAUACUCAACAUACUACAUAUUUACAGGUAAAUGACAAGGGAAAUCCGAAAUUGUAUUCUCGAAACUUUGCUCAGAUAACUGUCAAUAUCCUAAAUGUUAAUGACUGUCCCCCAGUUUUCGCUACCAAAGAAAUUAAUGCCACAUUAUACGUACCUACUUAUGAAGGCAUUCAACUGCUGAAAGUGACUGCAACUGAUAUGGACGAGGACAAAAUUAAUAAAAUCCGCUACGACAUUGUGGAUGGAAACAUAAACAACACGUUCCUGAUAGACAACUCUACCGGAGUGAUUACAACAAAAAACAUUUAUGAACUAUUGCCGAGAUAUACUCUUCAUAUUCGUGCCUCUGACGGUUUAUUUUCCACAAUUGCGCGUGUGGAUAUCCACAAAAAAGUCAUCGAUGAGACUAGCUUCAAAUUCCAGAAAGAAAAGUAUGCUUUUUCUACGGCCGAAAACUCAUCUAAAAUUGUUGUUAUCGGUGUUGUUAAUACAGUCGGAAACCUCCUGGAAGAGAAUGUUGAAUAUAAAAUUUUAAAUCCAACUGAUUUAUUUAAAAUUGGUAAAACUUCAGGUGCUAUUAAAACGACGGGAUUAUUGUUCGAUAGAGAGUCGGUGGAAAUGUACACUUUAAUAAUUGAAGCCAUAUCUAUUCUUUACAAAAACAAUGAACCAUAUCUACGCCGUGCUACUACACUGGUUGACGUAUCUAUUGUUGAUAUAAAUGAUAAUUGUCCAAUAUUUGUCAAUUUGCCAUAUUAUUCUGCAGUAUCAUUAGAUGACAUAAAAGGCUCUGUGGUAAUGCGAGUAAAAGCUAUCGACUUGGAUAGCUAUGAAAAUGGAGAAGUUCGAUACGAGAUGAAAAAAGGCAACGGCGAACUAUUUAAGGUAGAUCGUAGAACUGGCGACAUUGUUCUCAAGCAGAAACUUGAAAAUUCCCAUAACAAAUUUGAACUAGUGGUUGCAGCAUAUGACAAUGCAUUAACGCCAUGUUCCUCGGAAGUCACAGUUACAAUUAAGGUCGUUGACAAAUCCAUGCCAGUAUUUACUAAACAAUUUUAUUUUGGCCGUGUAAAGGAGGACAUUGAACUAUUUUCUGCAGUAUCUGUAAACAUACAGGCUGAGAGUCCAUUACAAAGAAAAUUGAUUUAUACUAUAUCGAAUGAAGACUUUUUUGAGAUAGACUAUAGAACGGGCCUCCUUUAUGUUGUAAACAGUUUGGAUUUUGAAGCACAAAAGUCUCACGAAUUAAUUGUGAGGGCUACUGAUGUUGUCUCAGGAGUGUUCGCAGAAGUGACUCUAUCUAUUGGAAUUGACGAUGUAAAUGACUGCUACCCACACAUUGAAACAGAUAACUACAACAUAACAUUAGCAGAAAAUAUACCACUGGGGUCUCAAAUUGUAAAGAUAAAUGCUACUGAUUGCGACUCAAAUGCAAAUAGUGUUCUUUCCUAUUACAUAGAAUCGACAAACGGUAAUCGAGAUUCAGACUUAUUUUAUAUUAAUAUAGCAGAUGGAUCCAUUUACCUAAAACAUCAAUUGAAUUUCGAAGAAUGCAAGUCAUAUUUACUCAUAAUCAAAGUAACCGACCAUGGAAUUCCCUCUCUUAGCUCAAGAGCAAAUGUGUGGAUUAAAGUGGGAGAUAUUAAUGACAACACUCCAAAGUUUGAAGAACCAUCAUUUUCAAGUAAAUUGUCUGUUAAUGCGACUAGGGGACAAUUUGUGACAAGAGCAAGUGCUUACGAUGCCGAUGAAUGUGACAGUGGCAAAUUGAUAUACAAAAUUGUGGACGGUAAUGACCAUCAAAUUUAUGCUAUAGAAAAAUCGACAGGUAUAAUAGUUUUACAAAACAAUCAGAGGUUGGAAUACCACAAGCAAACCAUUCUUAAUAUUUCUGUCACCGAUGGUCUUCAUAUAAGUUAUGCAAGAGUAAAGAUUAUCUUGCUUCCAGAGAAUAUGCACAGUCCAGUCUUUGAAUCUUCGAUGUACGAGGCGCAUAUAAAAGAAAAUGAAAACGCAGAUACAUUUAUUAUAACAGUUAAAGCCAUUGAUAAAGAUUUUGGAAAAUACGGAUCGGUAUCUUAUGAAAUACCUGUUGAUGAUAUGGCAUCCAUAUUUAAAAUUGACAAGAACACAGGCUCCAUAUACUCCAAAAUACCCCUUGAUAGAGAACAAAGGGAAAUAUACGAAAUAUUGGUAAAAGCAACUGAUGGAGGGGGCAAAUUUGGUUAUGCUUUUGUAAGACUUAGGGUAGAUGAUGUUAAUGACAACGCCCCACUAUUCCACCUACAAGAAUAUAAGUUGGUGUUGAAAGACGAUAUUGCAACAAACACAGUCGUUACUCAAAUAUCAGCCAUGGAUCUGGAUUCUGGACCGAAUGCACUACUAAAUUAUUCAAUUGAAAAUAUAAGUGACAGAUGGCAGAAUAAUAUAAUGUUAAGAAAUAAUGGAGAAAUAGUUAUAUUAACAUCGUUGGCAAAUUCGACUAACACGCUAAUACAAUUUUUUGUGCGAGUAAUUGACAAUGGCAUUCCAGAAAAAAAAAGCAAUUUAAUUCCAGUAUCACUACAAAUUGUUUCCUCUAGUAUAACUAUACCCACAUUUGAAAAUACUAGAAUGAAUAUAAACGUCGAUGAAACCCUGGCACCUGAAUCUAUUUUGGCCAGACUUAAAGUUACUGGAAAUUAUUCUGUAAAAUUCUCCCUAGCAUCAGAACCUUCUAAAUUUUCUGUAACGGAAAAUGGGGAUGUUAUUUUGAUACAAUCUUUAGACAGAGAGCUUUGUGCUUUAGAGCGUAUUACUGCUAUGGUGGAAACUGUCACACAGCCUAUUUUAUAUGCGUAUAUUGAUAUAUAUUUUAUCAUUCAAGAUGAUAACGAUAAUUUUCCAAAAUUUUCGAAUAUGGCAUACACAAUGGAAGUCCCAGAAAAUAACGAAAAAGGGUCAUCAAUAAUGAAAGUAACAGCAUAUGAUACAGAUGAAGGUCCCAAUGGAGAUAUUCGCUACUAUUUCGAAGAUGAGGUGUACAACAAAAUUUUCGAAAUAGAUAUUCACUCCGGGUGGAUAACGCAACUUGCUACGUUAGACAGAGAAUUGCAAACGGAAUAUUAUUUUAAUGUAUUGGCAAGUGAUAAUGGCCAGCCUAAACAAAUAUCUAAAAUUCCGGUUUCUAUAACCGUUAGAGAUUAUAAUGACAAUCCACCUUUGUUUAAACAAAAUUAUCAAACAUUUUCUGUGUCAGAAAACGCAUUACCUGGCACGGUUCUAAAUCAACUGCUGAUUACCGAUCUUGACGUAGAAAGAAAUAGUUUGCAGUUUUUCAUCAUUUCGGGUGACGAUAAAUCUCAAUUUCAAAUAGUAGACACGGGCGAACUUUUUGUGUCCAAAGAACUUGAUAGGGAAUCAACUCCAUCUUAUAACAUAAGUGUGGCUGUUACAGACGGCAAAUUUGUUUCGUACACCAAUGUUUCAAUAAAUAUUGUUGAUAUUAACGACAACUUUCCUAUAUGUAUGACACCUAAAUAUGAAAUAGUCAUACCUGAAUCAACACCAGUGGAUGCUUCUAUUGUCAAAAUAAAUGCAAUAGAUUAUGACGACAUUGAGAACAGCAAAAUACGAUAUUAUAUUACAGGAAAUAAUUCAGACGAUUUUUAUGUCGAUAAAGAUCAGGGAGUACUCAGAGUUGCACAGUCAAUCGAUCGAGAAAGAAUAUCCAAGUAUUUUCUACUUAUUCAUGUACAAGAUGGAAAAGAACUUUCGCAAGAAUGUGUUUGUGAAGCAAUAAUCACAGUUAGUGAUGUAAAUGACAAUCGGCCGAUUUUUUCAAUGCAUCAGUAUAUAUUGAGUAUUCCAGAAGAUGCACAAACUGGAACAAUUGUGACAAAAAUGCAUGCCAUAGAUAAAGACUUUGGUCCAAAUAGAAAAAUAAUUUACUCAUUUGUGAACGAGACGGAAUACUUUGAAAUAAAUCCCUCAAGUGGUAUAUUAAAACUUAAAAAGACUUUGGAUCGAGAAAGCAUUUCAAUUUUCAAUUUAUCCGUUAAAGCUGAAGAUAGCGGAAGUAAAAAAAUGCAAUCAACGCAAAAUAUUAUUAUUAAUGUCCUUGAUAUUAAUGAUAACCCGCCAGAAUUUCAGCUCAAGCUAUAUAAAGCAUAUCUGUGGGAAAAUACAACAGUACAAACUGAGGUAAUUCAAGUCUAUGCAACUUCAAAAGACAUUGGCAUAAAUGCGAAAAUAUCCUACUUUAUUAUUGGAGGAAAUGAGCAACAGAAAUUUAAAAUUGAUCGCACCAGCGGUAUUAUUUUCCUUAAUAUGGAAAUAGACUACGAAAUGACAAAAUCAUUCUUUUUGAAUAUUCAAGCAAUUGACGGUGGUAUACCGCCAUUAAGUGGUCAAGCUUUUGUGAAUAUUACUAUUUUGGAUGUUAACGAUAACACACCACAUUUCUCUCAAAAUCUUUAUCGGGUUAAGGUUGGCGAACAUGCAAGAAAAGGAGAACAAAUUAUACAAGUGAUUGCAAAGGACGAUGAUAGUGGCCAAAAUGGUAUCGUUGAAUACAAUAUUGAGAGGGGCGAUCGCUUGAAGCAUUUUUCAAUAGAUGACUUCUCUGGACAUAUUUAUGUCAAUCAAAAUUUGGACAGAGAGGAAAUUUCAUCCUAUAUUCUAGAGGUGAGAGCGUGUGAUAAAGGAUUGCCACGACUAUGCAGCUUUGUCCAGGUUUUUGUUGACAUUUUGGAUGAAAAUGACAACAGUCCAGUGUUUAAGAAUGGCAAUAGCACCAUUUUGUUACAAGAAAACAAGCCUUUGGGUUACACUGUUACCAAAUUUGAAAUUUCUGAUGCUGACGAGUAUCCAAACACAAGUCCAUAUACAUUUGAUUUUAAGAGCGGAAAUGAAGGGGGAUUUUUCCGUUUGGAACAGGAUGGAAGUUUGUUAACAGCUUUUCGAUUCAAUCACAGGAUACGUGAUCAAUACAUACUACAAAUACGAGUGUUUGACAAUGGAAUUCCACCACUUUUUUCAGAUACUUGGGUCAUUGUCAAAAUAAUUGAAGAAAGCCAAUAUCCACCAGUUAUAACACCCUUGGAAAUAACGAUAAAUUCUUUUGAAGAUGAUUUUGGUGGUGGUUUUUUGGGUAAGGUUUUCGUAUCGGAUCAAGAUAAAUAUGAUACAUUUACGUAUAAAAUAUUACCGAAUGUGGGACAAUCAUACUCUGCCCUAAAGCUCUUUAACAUAUCAGCUAAUACCGGCGAUUUAUAUGCGAUAACAAAUUUGGACGUAGGCUUGUAUACUAUCAAUGUAAGUGUUUCCGACGGAAAAUAUAUUUCAUAUACGAGUGUGAGAAUCAACGUUGAAAUGGUAACCACAGAAAUGAUAACAAAUGCUAUCAUCAUGCGAUUUAGUAAAACCACGGCAAAGGAUUUUAUAUUGAGUCACCGAAAAACAUUUCUCAGAACAAUUCGAGAGGUUCUACGCUGUAGACAAAAAGAUAUUUUUAUUAUUGCUCUUAAUCAGAACGAUAUUAACACUUCCAAUUAUAUAUCAAAACACUCACCCCAUAACGAUUCAAAAACAGAUCAUAUAUUAUCAUCGGCUGCUUUAACAUUAACUGAAUCCAAGUAUGUACUAGAUGUUGUGUUUGCUGUUAAAAAACAAUUGAUACUACCCACAUCUGACAACUAUUAUACUACUGAUGAAAUAUUAUAUAAACUGUCUAGUAGCAUUGAAGAAAUAGAACUUCGUUCUAAUCUACCUAUAGAAGAUAUUUUGUCAAACGAAUGUUCGAUAAAUAUUUGUGUCCACGGAAAAUGUAAAACUCAACUGCUUAUUGCAAAAAAUGAAGUAGACACAUUUUAUACGGAUGUGGUUAGUUACGUUACUCCAAAAUAUAAAUUGAGCUACAAUUGCGCUUGCAAACAAGGAUUUGAUGGUAAAAAUUGUGAUGAACCCGUCAAUGCAUGUUCAUCAGACCCUUGUCCGCCUCAGAAACAGUGUUGGCCAGCCGAUACAAUUAGUGGAUAUCAGUGUAUUUGCCCAUCGGGAUUUUCUGGUCAGUAUUGUGAAAUGCAAUCAUCAAGAUGUCAACACGAUAAUUGUUCAAACAUAGAAACAUCAGUUUCUUUUAGUGGAAAAAGCUACGCCCAUUAUAAAAUUAAUAAGUCCGCUGCUAGGAGCUUGGUUGAAAGUCAAUUUUCGUUUGCCCUCAAGAUACGCACAGUACAACAAUCGGGAACAAUUGUCUACGCCAGUGGUCAGAUAGACUACAGCAUACUUGAAAUUGUGAAUGGAGCCGUUCAGUAUAGAUUUGACCUUGGUUCAGGAGAAGGCAUGGUUGUUGUUACUAGCAUUAAUAUUUCUGAUGGAGAGUGGCAUUCUAUAAAACUCGAGCGUAUUCUAAACACAGCCAAACUGAUUGUUGACAACAAACAUUCAUCACAGUCUAGUGCCCCUGGCAUUAAUUCUAUACUAAAUUUGCAGAAAAAUGAUAUUUUUAUCGGCGCCAAGGUACUACCACAUCAUACAAUAGUCGGUUAUGAGGAUAUUCAACGAGGUUUUAUUGGUUGUAUGGCCGAUAUUAAAAUAGGAUAUGAAACUUUACCGUUAUAUAUAGUAGCGGGUGGCAAUAGUGUUGCAGCUUUAAGGUUUACCAACGUUGAAUUCCUUUGCGAUCCAUCGAAAGUGUUAGUAAAUCUUGGCAUUUGUGGAGGACAACCGUGCCUAAACGCUGGCAUGUGCCAUGACCUGGGCGACGAUUUCGAAUGCAUAUGUUCAGAACGUUACACAGGAAAAUUUUGUGAAGUGGAUCUAGACCCAUGUGCUUCUAUUCCUUGUUUGUAUGGUGGUCUUUGCGAAAUGCUUGGUCCCAAUAAUUACUCGUGUACCUGUCCUCCACACUUAUCUGGUAAACGUUGCGAAUAUGGACGAUUCUGUACACCUAACCCAUGCAAAAACGGUGGCAUGUGUGAGGAGGGUGAUGGAGUCCCCCACUGUAUGUGCAGAGGUUUCACAGGACCAACAUGUGAAAUUGAUGUCGAUGAAUGCGAAAAUCAACCUUGUGGCAGCGGUGCAACUUGCAUAAACGAGGCGGGAAGUUUUCGCUGUAUAUGCCCCUCAUAUUUAACGGGUGCUAGUUGCGGAGAUCCACUUUAUUCUAAUUCAAUUUCAACAAAACUGAAAAACUUUUCUAUUGAGAACAUAACCGGAAUUAUUUGUGGUGCUUCGUUUGUGUUCGUCUUAUGUACAAUAACUCUUUGCUGCAUAAUAUACAAGAAGAAUUGUACUUCUAGGAAAACUAGUCCUAAUCGCAUUAAAAACAGUUACAAAGAAACUACCUUAAAUUCGUUGUUGGAGAAGGAGAAAAAUAAUAAGCACAAUAUAAAAAUUAGUAAUCUGGAAAUUAAUCAUCGGCCAAUAAGCUAUGCUCCAACAUCUAAUGACAAUAUGAUGUCUUCGAAUACACAUUUUGUAAAUAAUUUGGAUAUUCUCAGAAGUUAUGGAUCCGCUGGGGACGAACUUGAGAAUAUACCAUUUGAAUAUCAAAAAAUAAGUAUUAAUAAAGCAAAUGUAAAUAUUAAUAACGAAAACAUAUCAGAGGCAGCAGUGUCAGCCUAUAAGACGGAUUGGUGUGAUCAAACACAGCUGAAGACAUUUUGUGAAAAUAAACUUAAUAAUGGUAAGUUCUCUUAUACAUCAAUAAAACCCAGCUGUGGAAAACUGAUACAGGUAGCAAUGCCAAACGUAUGUCACGCAGCGCAUGGAACGGAAUAUUCAAUUCAUGGACAAUACCAUUGGGAUUGUUCUGAUUGGGCCAGAAAUAGUCAAAAUCCAUUACCCGAUAUUACAGAAGUACCUGGAGCAGAAAUUAUGGAUUCAUCUAGUUUUCAUAGUAACGAAAGCAAUGAAUCAAGACCAAGAAAUUACACACAUGCUAUAAUUAAAUCGGAUCCAAGAAGAGAUAUUUCAACCUUAGACGAGGAUUUGGUUUCUGAUUCAGAACUUCAUGAUAGCACUCAAAAACUAAAUCUACCAAACGGUAGUAAUUCAAGACUGAGUCCAGUUUACUACAGUGAGAACGAAGACUAUACAUCAAAUCCAGGUAAAAUGUACGUACGACAUCCAGAUUCGUACUUGCCACCGCUAAACAACCUUAGUGAAACUGAUGGAGAAACUAAUUCACCGUGCUACAAUUUAAAAUGUGAAGUUGAUAUUGAGAACGAAAAGCGGAAACUAAGUGUUAACUCAGACGAUGGAUAUUUUUGCCGUAAAAGUCCCUACAAUAGCAAUCUUUCCGUGCAUUUAUGUGAAAUAGAAGACUCGGAGCUUGAAGAAUUCUUGCCUAAAAGACGAGUUGAAGUAUCCCAUGAUUAA